AUGAGUGAGCUGAGUCAGGAAGAGAUACGGAGGCGCCGUCUGGCGCGCCUCGCUGCGCUCAGUGGUGCAGGGUCAGCACCAUCACCAGCCAGUCCUCCAGCCACUCCAGGUGCUUCAAUGCCUUCUCCAGACUUGCAGACCUCCUCUCAACCGCGGUUUUCUUCUUCACCACUACCUCGUGGGUCCACAGAACCCACAACACCAGAAGUAGCUAACACAAACAAAGAAACUGACUAUUCAGAUAGUGUCAAAAACAGUGAAACAGAUCAGACUAAGAUUCCAGCAGAUGCAUUAAUAGUGACUGAGAAACCCGAUAAUAAUCUACUAGAUGAAAUGCCUGACACUAAAAUGACAGAUCUAUCUCAGACUAGACAAUACAACAGCUUUGAUUCUAUGGGGGAAGAUACUCUGCUGAGUUGUGGAUCAGUGAGGGUAUCUAGUUUACCACAGUCAACAGUUGGUGGUUCAGAAGGGGCCUCUACCCGAGAAGAUAGUACUUCAAGAUCAAUAUCUCCUGCACAGUUUGCUGAACCUUCACCAGUAAGGCCACGGCCUAGUAAUGCUUCACCUAGUUGCUCACGACGCUCACUAUCCAUGGAUGUUGAUGAUGUAUCCGAAAGAAAUUCACAAUCAGAACAGCAGCAAGAGCCAAUGGAGGUGGAUGACAGUGAUACUCAAGCAUCACCAGCAAGAAAGAUUCACCGGUCACGAACAGUCAGUUGUACGGAAUUGACAGAGGAACAACUGAGAAGUAUUGUGGCUAAGAUCUUACAAGUGUCUUGGUCAGAGGACAGUGCAGGAGGAAUUUUUGUGCCAUCAGUCGCUGCAUCUCUUCUUGAUAACCCUAAACUGAGUUUAGAUGAUCUUGCAUCGCAAGCGCUUAUAGAUGUUAUUACGCAAAUAGCAGAGGGUUCAGAUCCCCUUAACCAAAAAUUAAUUGCAAUCACUGAAACCACUAAAAGACUAACCGAAGAUGUUGAUGAAAUGUUAACAAGUGGACAAGUUGCACCAGAAGCAGACGCUGACAAAUCAGAUUGUCCCACACCAUCUUUGCCACUACCCAAAACAAUUCCCACACAAGGACUAGCAGUUAGCUACAUAGUGCGUUUCUACACCAACAUAAAUACAUAUGAACGAGAUCAUUCAAAGAAGAGUUCAGAGCCUCCAUUGAGUGACUUACUUCAAAGUUUAAGAACUUUACUGGUGAAUUAUUUAGUGCUAGUGCUACAAUGCAAAUUUGACCUAGAGAAGUGUAGAAAAUCCGCUCUACUUCCAUAUGUAUUGGUAGUGUCACCACCAACAGGUUUAAUUCCAGAACUGCUUCUCGCCACCUAUACCAAUAAAGAUGUUUUUGAGGAGGUGUUCGUACCACUAGUGAUGGGGAUCCGCGAAGAGAUGCGUCGUGCGGUGUCGCCGCUGGGCGGGCGCGGGUCGGGAGGCGGCAGCUGCGCGGCGCUGCGCGGGCUGCGCGCUCUGUGUGAGCUGCGCGCCGGCCCGCGCCACGCGCGCCGUCCCCUCGCCGAGCUGAUCGCUCGCCUGCCGAGCUUGUGCCCAGACCCAGUCACGACCGCCCCCGGAAGAGAAAUCGCCCGAGUCAGUUUCCUCGGACCCUUUUUUGGUAUCUCAUUAUUUGCGGAAGAAAACCCCCGUUUGGCAGAGCGUCUAUUCGCGACGGGGUCAGGUGAUCGAAGCCUCGCGUUCGCUUUACAACGCGAGGUAGAAGUGAGUCGCAAUACGUUGCACAACAUUUGCCACAACAUUCUAUUAUGUCCUGAUGCGAGAGAACCACUGCUCAACUACUUCGCCGCACUCUUGCAAAGAAAUGAACGCAGAGCGCAACUACAAACGGAUGAGAGAUCUCUGGCCGGUGACGGCUUCAUGCUGAACGUAUGUUCGGUGCUUCAGUUACUUUCAGUGCGCAUCAAACUCGAGCGCGUUUACCCACUGUACACGUUUCAGCCAGAUUCGUGGGUUAACGUGCGCGAUGAAACGCGAUUAUAUUUCACAGCACAAGAGGCGCAAGACUGGCUAGAUUCACUAAAUAACGACCCUAAUCACAAAUGGCCGGAGGCGAAGUUCCAGACAGUGUGCUGGUUCUUAACACUUCACAUGCAUCACGUCGCGCUAAUACCUGCACUGCACACACAUCAACGACGAAUAAGAGCUUUCCGUGAUCUUCAAAAAGUGAUCGAAGAACUGAUGGCUGCCGAACCACAGUGGCGUAACAGCUUUUCUGCAUUGCGUAACCGCGAAUUGCUUCGACGCUGGCGACGACAAAUCAAAAGACUACACAGGUCGAAACAAUGCGCGGAGACGGCUCUCCUGGAAGGCGAACUGAUGCGGCGCAGCCUGCAGUUCUACUCGUCGGUGUGCGCGCUGCUGACGCAGCAGCUGGAGGCGGCGCGCGCCGACGCCUCCGCGCGCUCCGCCUUCUGCGCCACGCCCGAGUGGUACGUCGAGGACAUCGCGGAGUUCAUGCUCUUCGCCGUGCAAUAUGUGCCACAAAUUGUAGCAGACUACAUAGAAGAUCCUAUAAUAACUUGGUUGUUGUCUGCGAUAUGCAACUCUCGUCUCUUCAAGAACCCGUAUCUCGUCGCUAAGAUCGUUGAAGUCCUCUUCGUGAUCAACUUAUCUGUGCCGUUGAAAUUGAAGAAUGUAUACGAGAAGUUUAUGGACCAUCCCAUGUCACAGACGUCUCUGCCCAGUGCUCUAAUGAAGUUCUACACAGACAUUGAAACAACCGGACAGAGUACUGAGUUCUAUGACAAGUUCACAAUUCGAUUCCACAUUAGUAUAAUAUUGAAAGGAAUGUGGGAGCGACCAAUUCAUAAACAGGCUAUAGUAAAAGAGUCUCGUUCGGGCCGACAGUUCGUCAAGUUCAUCAACAUGUUGAUGAAUGAUACUACAUUCCUGCUUGACGAGUGCCUCACGUACCUCAAGCGCAUCCACGAGGCGCAAGAAGGGGGCGCGGGCGCCAGUGGCUCGUCGUCCGACGCGCGCUCGCGCGCUCUGGCGCAGGACGAGCGCCAGUGCCGCUCCUACCUCACGCUUGCGCGAGAAACAGUCGACAUGUUGGAAUACUUGACAGUAGAAAUUAAGGAGCCAUUUCUACGAGCUGAACUUGUUGAUAGACUAGCGUCUAUGUUGAACUUCAACUUACAACAGUUGUGUGGGCCUAAGUGUAAAAACCUCAAAGUUCGUCGACCAGAAAAGUACGGAUGGGAACCAAGGAGGCUACUAAGUCAACUAGUUGAUAUCUACUUACAUCUCGACUCUCCUCAGUUUCACGCCGCACUUGCAGCUGAUGAGCGAUCAUUCCGAAAAGAGUUAUUCGAAGAAGCAGCAAUCCGACUCGCUAAGUCGUGCAUCAAGACUCCCACAGAAAUAGAGCGAUUCAAGACAGUGGCAGACAAUGCCUAUCAAAUUGUUGUGUCUAAUCAGCAAAAAAGUGAUGAGUUCGCUGAUGCACCAGAAGAAUUCAGAGACCCCCUCAUGGACACACUUAUGACAGACCCAGUUUUAUUGCCAUCUGGGAAGGUGAUGGACCGAUCAGUAAUUCUACGUCACUUACUGAACAGUGCAACCGAUCCGUUCAAUCGACAACCUCUUACAGAGGAUCAAUUACGUCCAGCCAGUGAACUCAAAGAGAGAAUCAUCCAAUGGCAGCGUGAGAAGAAAUCUUCGACGUCAUAA